AUGGAAAUUCUCGAUAGCAUGGCGCGAUUCGGACAUGAACAGGUUGCAAUGUACAACGACCCGAACACUGGACUACGGGGAAUUAUCGCCAUUCACGAUACGACGCUGGGGCCCUCAUGUGGAGGCACCCGAAUGUGGCCCUACGAAAGCGAGACUGAUGCACUGGCCGACGCGUUGCGUCUGUCCCUGGCCAUGACCUAUAAAUCCGCGGCGGCAGGAUUGAACCUCGGCGGCGGAAAAGGCGUAAUAAUCGGCGAUCCCCGCACUCAAAAGUCUGAAUCCCUAUUGCGAUCAUGGGGACGCUUUGUAGACACCCUGGGCGGCAGAUACCUGACCACCACCGACGUGGGAACGAACGGACGCGACCUGGAGUCAAUCCACCAGGAAACCAGGCACGUGGUGGGGUUGGACGUGACUCUGGGUGGCAGCGGCGACACGUCUAUCAUGACCGGCCUGGGUGUCUACAUGGGCAUAAAGGCAUGCGCCGGCGAUGCGUGGGGCAGCGACUCGCUGCGUGGCCGCACCAUCGCGAUGCAGGGAUUCGGAAAAGUUGCAUCCCACACGGCAAAACAUUUGCUGGACGAAGAUGCGCGAGUCAUAGCCACCGAUAUCAGUGAAGAUGCGCUGGGCAAGGCAAAGAGCAUGGGGGUUCAGGUCGUCGGCGCCGAAGAAAUCUUUGACACCCCAUGCGACAUCUUCGCCCCGUGCGCUUUGGGCGGUGUUAUCAACAAGGAUUCGAUCCAACGUCUAAGCUGUCGAAUAGUUGCGGGUGGGGCCAAUAACCAACUGGCAACGGAGGCAGACGGGGAAGAACUGCAGCGACGUGGUAUUACUUACGCUCCCGAUUUCUUGAUCAAUGCGGGUGGCAUUAUCAAUGUGUCAACCGAGAUCGGACAGCCUUACAAUCCGGACCGAGCCCGUCAACAAACCGAACGCAUCUACGAACAGAUGUCAGCGGUGUUGACGACCUCCCGCAACAAAGAGAUAUCCACCGCGAGAGCCGCCGAGUUGCUGGCCGAAACGCGCCUUGCGGACGUUCGCCGCGUGCGCGGCAUUUUCCGCGGUUAA